AAAAUUUCUUAUUCUUCUGUUCUCAGAUUUUUCACCCAUUCUUGUCCUACACAAAUCACAGGAUCCACAACAUAUCAUCUGCAUCUUCCAUCCUCUUCUAGUGGCGAACACAUCUCCCUCCAUCAUCGCACGCGUGGAGAACACACCAGAGGGGGAUUCGAGACCUCUUCUCCUUCAUUCCCCUUUCUCUGCAAUUCCUCUACCCCUUACUCGGUGGUGAGGUUCCGGUGGGAUUCCGACGAGCUUGAACGGCAACGAUUAAAGCUUCCCCGCGCUCCCCCAUUCGAGCUCGCUGCACAUCCUCCACCAUCGGAGCUCACACCCUCGUCACCGGUUCUGACAGAUUCCAGUGAGCCUCGUCCAACAGCAAAGGCAACAGCUUCACCGUGGCCACCAGUCUCCACCGCGAGCGCCUCCCUGUCACGCUCCCACCAGAUUCUGCAUCUGUCAGCCCUGGGUCGCUGCUGCCAUUUCCAGUGAGACCCAACCACAGCAUUUCAGUCCUCUGUUCCGCGUUGCCCUGCUCUGCGUCUUCUUGUCGUUGUUAGCCCGUCUCCGGUGAGCCUCGGAUCUGUUCCCGGUUAAAGGGAGCUGCUUGUUCAUGGCUCUUUCCUCCAGACAUCCACAUCUGUUCAACCAUAUCAGGACUUUUGUAAAUGCAAGGGUCAAAUGGGUUCGAGACCCAUAUCUUGAUAAUGCAGUCCUGAAAGGGAAAGAUCUCAAGCAAAUAAUUUCUCUCAAGAACCAAAUUAUUUCAUCUCCUUCCAAAUCCCUCUCUAUGUAUACUGCUUCUCAAUUGAAAGCUUCCCUCAACCUUCCCACUACGACUUCCAAAUUCAUUGACAAAUACCAUUCUGUCUUUACCCAAUUUCAACCUGGUCCUGGUCUUCCUCCAGUUGUCAAACUCACACCUCAAGCCUUUUCCAUCCAUAUAGAAGAAAUGGCUGUUCAUAACUCUCCUACUAAUCGUCAAGACACUGUUCAGAGGCUCUCAAGGCUUUUAAUGCUUGCUGGCAUGACAAAAUUGCCUCUCUAUGUAAUUGAGAAGCUAAAGUGGGAUAUGGGUCUUCCUCAUGAUUAUGUGACAACCCUUUUGGCUGACUACCCUGAUUAUUUUAAUGUUUGCGUUGUGGAAGAUCCGUCAUCUGGAAAAGAGGUGCUUGCUUUAGAGCUUGUUUCAUGGAGAAAAGAGCUUUCUGUGUCUGAGUUAGAAAUGAGGGCAAGGAGCUUGGGCAUUAGUGGAGAUAAAAGAAGGCAUGAUAUUGCAUUUCCCUUAAUUUUUCCGAAAGGUUUUGAUUUAGUAAAGAGGGUGAAGACUUGGGUUGAGAAUUGGCAAAAGUUGCCUUACGUUUCUCCAUAUGAAGAUGCUUUUCAUCUCGACUCAAAUAGUGACCAAGCGGAGAAAUGGACUGUCGCAAUAUUGCAUGAGUUGCUUUCUCUUCUAGUGUCAAAGAAGACAGAAAGAGAAAAUUUGCUUUGUUUUGGGGAGUGUUUGGGGUUGGCCUUAAGAUUUAAAAAGGCUUUGGUUCAUCAUCCUGGUAUAUUUUACAUUUCCAAUAAGAUUACGACUCAGACUGUUGUACUUAGAGAGGCUUAUAGUAAGGAUUUUUUGGUUAAGAAACAUCCAUUAGUGGGUAUGAGAUAUUGGUACAUUAAUCUUAUGGGCAAAACAUAGGAGCACAACGAGCAAGCUGAUUUGGUGGACAGUCAUGAUGUUAACAAACUGGAUGAUCCUGAAGUUGAUGCUUAGCUGUUGAACCUGAAGUAGUUUCCAUUCAAGCUAUAUAACACAUCAAUGAAGUCUGAUUUUCUCAAUAUUGAGUGUUAAAAUGUUUACUUCAAAAAAUAUGGGUGCAAGUGCUAAUUUGUUAAUAAUCACAUCAGGGUGGAGCGGAUGUUUGCCAUUCCUUGACUGGCUAAAGUUUUAUGAGUUGCAAGCACAGUGAUGGGCUCAUUGAGGCGGUUGGGGCUAUAAUUUUUGACAGGGACAUAAUCUCUGUUUUUGCCUUGCUGAAUUUGGAUUCUAUGGGUUGAUUGGGGCAGCUUAUUUGUUUUCUUCACCCAUAGCAUACAUCUGAAGCAUGCUAUGUUUAGUUCCUUGCAUUUUACUUCACCCAAAUAUGUGCUGUUCCUUUCCACAUUUUUCUUCCUCAAUCCACCUAUUGCUAGGAGAAAUUUGGCAGCCCUUGCUUUUACCACACAUAAAAGCUGAAGUGCAUGUGAUUUCUGGACAUUAGUUUCUUCAUCUUUUGCUUGGUCUUUUGUGUUCAAGUGAACGUUUAUCAGAGAUGAAAAUAUUCAGUGGAUGGCAACGUUUUGUUUUUGGUCUUCCCUUGUUCUUCCUCUUUGCUCAUCUGGUUUUUGUCAUGCAAUUACACAAAAACUCAAAAAUGGAAGAACGGCACAAACAACUAAACAAGAAAUUUGAUCAUCUAGUUCUUGGGCAUAUGGCUGGACAAGGCUUGUCAAAUCGUUUGCAAUGCCAAGGGACAAAAGCUCUUAAUAGGACCCAUUCUUCUGAAAGGAGAUCAGGUGUAGAUGGAAGUAUCACAUUUGUCACUGUCUUUACCAUUUAUAAUACUUCUCUUAAUGAUGUAGACGACAGAUCAAACACAGUGGUUGGCAAUGCUUCAUAUAAUAAGUUUGGCAGAUCCAUGGCUUUGUUGAAUGUCUUCAUUAAUUUCAUUCAGCUGGCAAUGCCCCAGAGCAAAGUGAUUAUUCUAACAGAUCCUGUGUCUGUCCUCUCAGUGCAAAGAAACGGGGUCUCUCUGUAUCCUAUACAAGGUGAAUAUUCCCGAGACAAGUUGAUGCUCCAAAGGAUCAGGUCUUACAUUACCUUUUUAGAAACAAGGCUCCAGCAACUUUCUCAGAAGCCGAGGGAUGUCAUCCAUUACAUCUUCACUGACUCUGAUAUAGCAGUGGUUGAUGAUCUAGGGCAUGUUUUUCGUGACCAUCCUAAUUUUCAUCUGGCUCUGACCUUUAGGAACAAUAAGGCUCAACCUUUGAAUUCAGGAUUCAUUGCAGUUAAGGGUACCCAGGAAGCAAUGUUAAGGGCAAAGCUUUUCCUACAAGAGGUCUUGAAAGUUUACAGCACGAAGUAUAGAAAUGCUUCUCGCAUGCUGGGUGAUCAGUUAGCUCUUGCUUGGGUUGUGAUGUCAAAACCUCAUUUUGACGCCAGAAGGUUUUCCAAAGCGCUUGCUUUCUCAGAAGAUAUUGGGGGUACUUCAGUAUUGUUCUUACCUUGUUCUCUGUACAAUUGGACUCCGCCUGAGGGUGCUGGUCAAUUUCAUGGCUUGCCAUUGGAUGUUAAGGUUGUUCAUUUUAAAGGAUCAAGAAAACGUCUAAUGCUCGAAUCUUGGAAUUUUUAUUCCUCGUAUCGUGAUAUUUCCGACAUGUUAUGUCUCAUUUUGGGAAGUGGAAGAACCAAAUAUGAUUUUUGAAUAUGGAAAUCCAGAAAGGUUGACAUCAUAGGCGGCAACUUGUAACGUUAACGUCACCAAAUUUAGUGCUGAAAAUUCAGCUAUUACCCUCUUUUUGAUCGGCGAUAGGGUACUGACAGCAACAAAGGACACGAAUUGGACCUUAAAUGAAUUGAUUUAUUGAUUCUUCUACUUGGGAAAGUUCUCAUGGGAAGGGGCACUUUUCCCUAUGGACAUAUCAAGAGCAUGUGGAGUGUGAUAUUAUUUCGAAAUGGUACAAUGGAAUGUUCAUUCUUGUGCAGUCCGAAAAGAUAUUUAAAAAGUCUGGAUUGCUUCCUAUGACAGCUGGUUGGAUUUGAUUGACCUAUAGUUAUAGUCCAGUUAACGUAGUUAAACCACCCAUUGACAUGGGUGGAAUGGCAAUGAAUGAUGCUUGUUUCCAUAAGCUUGUAAAAUUUCAAGUGCUAGGGCAAGUGAAAAAUUAGUAUAUUUCUGUAUCUGUAUUUUCUUAACUUGUUUGAAAAAUGUUGAUUUUAGUUUUU